AUGCCUUCUUUCACCGUCUUCAAGGGCACCGAGUCCGGCGCGCCCAAGAAGUCCACUACCACGAAGCCCGACCAGCUAACCGGAGACAAUGUUCUCAUCAAGGUCACCGCCUCCGGUCUCUGCGGUACUGAUCUGCACUACAAGAACGCAGACAUGGUUCUUGGACACGAAGGUGUUGGCGUCGUCGAGAGCACCGGCCCUGACUGCAAGGUCCUGAAGAAGGGUGACCGCGUGGGCUGGGGCUACAACCACAACACGUGCGGCCACUGCCAGCAAUGCCUGUCAGGCAGCGACAUCCACUGCCCCGAGCGCAAAAUGUACGGCGAGGCAGACCUUGACCAGGGCAGCUUUGCAUCACACGCCGUAUGGCGUGAAGCCUUCGUCUUCAAGACACCCGACGAGCUGUCGGACGAAGACGCCGCUCCCCUGCAGUGCGGUGGUGCCACCGUCUUCUCCGCCCUGCACGACUUCCCUCUCAACCCCACCGACAACGUCGGUAUCAUGGGUGUCGGCGGCCUGGGUCACCUCGCCAUCCAAUUCGCCGCCAAGAUGGGCUGCCGCGUCACCGUACUGUCCGGCAGCGACUCCAAGAAGGACGAGGCGAUGCGCCUCGGCGCCCACGAGUUCAUCGCCACCAAGGGCAAGAAGGAGCUCAAGAUCUCGCGGCCCCUGAACCGCCUGUUGGUGACGACCUCGGCCCAGCCCAACUGGGAGCAGAUUGUGCCCAUCAUGGCCCCGGGCUCCAAGAUCUUCCCGCUCUCCGUCGCGUUUGGCAACUUCGAAAUGCCCUACUUCCCGAUUGUUGUCCAGGGCCUGACCAUCCAGGGCUCCGUCGUCGCCUCGCGGCACGUCCACCAGAAGAUGCUGCAGUUCGCCGCCCUCCACCAGAUCAAGCCGGUCAUCCAGACCUUCCCCAUGACGGAGGAGGGCAUCCAGGACGCCAUGACGAAGCUGGAGAAUGGCGAGGUCCACUUCCGCGCUGUUCUCAAGGCGCAGUGA